ACGUUUGCUCGUAUCCAUUAAUCUGCCAGUCCUUGCUACUCACCAAGCCUUUGUCAUAGUAUUUCUUCCGUAGACUAUGGCUACGCUUCAGCACUUCAGCCAUGAACAUCCUCCUUUGCAUCGGAUCGUUGCACUUAUUUUCUGCAUGUUCAUAGGAAUUGCUUCUGCUCAUGGAAGCUCGCUGAGCGUCGGAUACUACAAUUGCAGCUGCCCAUCAGCAGAGGCAGUGGUGCAGAGGACAGUAGCGAAGGCCGUUGCCCGCAAUCCAGGAAUGGCUGCUGGAUUGAUCCGGAUGCAUUUCCACGACUGCUUUGUUAGGGGUUGUGAUGCUUCUGUGCUCCUCGACUCGACUCCUGGGAACAAGGCUGAGAAGGAGUCGUUUGUCAACAACCCCAGCCUUCGCGGGUUCGAGAUCAUUGAUGAGGCCAAAGCCAUCUUGGAAUCAGAAUGCCCUCAACUGGUGUCCUGCGCCGACAUUCUCGCCUUUGCUGCCCGGGAUGCCGUCCACCUGGCCGGCGGUUUCUACUACUCUCUACCUGCCGGCCGGCAUGACGGCCGUGUCUCUAGGGAGUCCGACGUGCUUAUGAACCUGCCGUCUCCACGCUUUAACGUGGCCCAACUGGAAGCAAAUUUUGCUGCCAAAGGGCUUUCUCUCGCAGACAUGGUCACCCUGUCUGGUGCGCACACCUUGGGAGUGUCCCAUUGCACGUCAUUUUCUAAUCGCCUCUAUGACUUCAACAAGUCGGGUGCUGCUGAUCCGACCAUGGACCCCAAGUAUGUGCAAUACCUGAGGACAAAGUGUCCGGAACCACUGUCGUCUACCCAGGAUCCAACGGUACCAUUGGACCCUGUGACACCAAAUAGGCUGGACAACAACUACUACCUGAACCUCAAGUGCCACCGUGGGCUGCUCACAUCGGACCAAGCACUGACAGAAAGGGCAGACACCGCCAGAAUGGUGAACCAAAACGUGAUGCACGGAUCAAUGUGGGCUGAAAAGUUCUCGGCAGCAAUGGUGAGGAUGGGCUCGAUAGAGGUGUUGACAGGGUCCAAGGGAGAGAUCAGGAGGUCUUGUAGGGUUGUUAACUGAGAGCUCGUUCGAUAACAGGGCAUCCGGUCUACCAUCGUAUUGUUUUCUUGGUCAUGUCAAUGUCAAUCGUGUUCUACGGAACACCCUGUCCCCUUCGUCGGGCCUGUUCGUUUCUUUUCUGUUAUGUUUGUUCCAUCUUCUCCAUCCAGUGUUUGUUUCUUGUAGUCUACCGUUUCAUUAUAAGAAUAUCAAACAAAGUGUUUGAA